GGAUCGGAUCGGUGCUUUUUACAGAAAGAAAGAAGAGGCUCUCAAUAUGAUAACUCUGACCUAUUCCGCGAGUCGCGGAGGCACCUUUGGGGAUAUCCACGGUACAAGCCAGGAAAUCAUCGUAAGGUGGUUCGCUCGGACAGGCAGACGGUCUGAAAUUUCCCUGGCUACGAGAUCCGGCGGUGAGGACCUCCGGCCAGACGCCCCGAGCAGGAUGAAACCUCACAGCAAGCCUUGGUACAUCGUCCGGCGGCUCGAAUGCUCGCUCGAGGACCUGAGGACCUGCAGACGGACUGGAUCGGCCUGUAAUACGAGCAUCGUAUCGAUUCGGAGGUACCGAUCGAAGAUACUUAACCGUAGCCGAUCACCAAAUCCAAAGCGAGCCAUGACGUACUCACAUGUACAGUGGUACAUCUUGUUCGCGUAGCCGUCGUCGACACAUUCCGGCCGUGCAUCGAGAGCGGCAAGGUCAGGCAUAC